CGCCGCGCCGCGCCGCCAGGAGCAGACUCCAGCGCCGGUGCGUGCCGGCCCCGGUCGCCGGGACGCGGUGGGGCGGCGGCCGCUAGCUCCCGACGGGGCCGCAGGCCGAGCCGAAGGCGCCGGGAUUGCGCCUCCCGCGGCUGCUGCCGAAACGAGGCGCAGCAGCUCCGGCAGGCGCGGCGGUGGCACCCGCGGUGGCUGCGGUGGCGGCAGCUGCACGGGGACCCGCCGGGCGGCGUCUGAAUUCGGACGCGGGAGGAGCAGCAGGAGCCUCCGCCAAGCUACGAGCAGGUGUGAAUGAGCCUGGAGAGGACACACUGCCACAGCUGGAGGAAUCCCCCAUUUCCAUGUCAUUUGCGUGGGCCCUGCUGUGAAAUGAACCCAGCAAGGACUCUUUGGACUCCUCUUCCUUCCCUUGCCGAGCACCCCAGAGCCAUUAUUCCACGGUUGUUCUAACUGGGUCCUGUCCUCCUCUUACCAAGGCAAACAGCCCAGUCCAGUAGGUGUUCCUGCCGGCCUGAACAUGAACACGGGCAAAGCUGGUGACAGUCGGGGUUCCCCAGGGACGUGGGGCCCCAUGGGGUCCAGGCCGCAAGAGCAGGAGUUCUCAUGAUGCGGGUGUCCGGAAGUGAGCACCAUGCCCAUCACACAGGACAAUGCCGUGCUGCACCUGCCCCUGCUCUACCAGUGGCUGCAGAACAGCCUGCAGGAGGGGGGGGAUGGGCCAGAGCAGCGGCUGUGCCAGGCGGCCAUUCAGAAGCUGCGGGAGUACAUCCAGCUGAACUUCGCUGUGGACGAGAGUGCCGCCCCGCCAGACCACAGCGCCCCCGAAAUGGAAAUCUGUACUGUAUACCUCACCAAGGAGCUAGGGGAUACAGACACUGUGGGCCUUAGUUUUGGGAACAUCCCUGUUUUCGGGGAUUAUGGUGAAAAGCGCCGAGGAGGCAAGAAGCGGAAAACCCUGCAGGGCCCUGUGCUGGACGUGGGCUGCAUCUGGGUGACGGAGCUGAGGAAGAACAGCCCGGCAGGGAAGAGCGGCAAGGUCCGACUGAGAGAUGAGAUCCUCUCCCUGAAUGGGCAGCUGAUGGUCGGAGUUGAUGUCAGCGGGGCCAGUUACCUGGCUGAGCAGUGCUGGAAUGGCGGCUUCAUCUACCUGAUCAUGCUGCGUCGCUUUAAGCAGAAAGCCCAUUCUACUUAUAAUGGCAACAGUAGCAACAGCUCUGAACCAGGAGAGACCCCUACCUUGGAGCUGGGUGACCAAACUGCAAAAAAGGGGAGAAGAUCAAGAAAGUUUGUGGUCAUUUCCAGGUCCCCUUCCAACAAGGCCCCUGAAGACUUCAAGAGCAGUGCUGGCACUGAGCUUACCAGUGACCACAGCACAGAGCUGGAAAAUGGCCCAGACCCUGAACUUGGAAAUGGGCAUGCCUUUCAGCUAGAAAAUGGACCCCAUCUAGAGAGGUCAGAACUGGCCAGAGGGACAGAGCAUGGAGUUCCAAAGACAGAUGCUCCCCUGACCACAAGCAACGACAAACGCCGCUUCUCCAAAGCUGGGAAGACGGACUUCCAAUCAAGUGAUUGCCUGACACGGGAGGAAGUUGGCCGGAUAUGGAAGAUGGAGCUGCUCAAAGAAUCGGAUGGGCUGGGAAUUCAGGUUAGUGGAGGCCGAGGAUCAAAGCGCUCACCUCACGCUAUCGUUGUCACUCAAGUGAAGGAAGGAGGUGCCGCUCACAGGGAUGGCAGACUGUCCUUAGGAGAUGAGCUGCUGGUGAUCAAUGGUCACUUACUGGUCGGGCUCUCCCACGAGGAAGCUGUGGCCAUUCUUCGCUCAGCUACUGGAAUGGUACAGCUGGUGGUGGCCAGCAAGGAAAGCUCUGCAGAGGAACUCCUCAGGUUAACAUCUAAGAGUUUGCCUGAUCUGACCAGCUCCAUGGAGGACGUGUCUUCUUGGACUGACAACGAGGACCAGGAGGCUGACGGAGAAGAGGACGAAGCAACCGGCUCGUCUUCCAUCCAGGGAGCAAUGCCAGGGACAGAGGACCCCCAAGAUCUCCGCGGCACUGAGGACUCCAAGGAGAACGUGGAAAGUCCCAAACAGGGCAGCAAUAAAACAAAGCCCAAGAGUCGUCUUUCGGGAGGUGUUCACCGCCUAGAGUCUGUUGAAGAAUAUAACGAGCUGAUGGUGCGGAAUGGGGACCCUAGGAUCCGUAUGUUGGAGGUCUCCCGAGAUGGCCGGAAGCACUCCCUCCCCCAGCUGCUGGAUUCCUCCAGAUCAGCACAGGAAUACCACAUUGUGAAGAAGUCUACCCGCUCCUUAAGCACCACUCAGGUGGAAUCUCCUUGGCGGCUCAUUCGACCAUCCGUUAUCUCGAUCAUUGGCCUGUACAAGGAAAAAGGCAAGGGCCUUGGCUUUAGCAUUGCUGGAGGUCGAGACUGCAUUCGGGGACAGAUGGGAAUUUUUGUCAAGACCAUUUUCCCAAAUGGAUCAGCUGCCGAGGAUGGAAGACUUAAAGAAGGAGAUGAAAUCCUAGAUGUAAAUGGAAUACCAAUAAAGGGCUUGACGUUUCAAGAAGCCAUUCAUACCUUUAAGCAAAUCCGGAGUGGAUUAUUUGUCUUAACGGUACGCACCAAGUUACUGAGUCCCAGCCUCACGCCCUGCUCAACACCCACACACAUGAGCAGAUCCAGCUCCCCCAACUUCAACAUCAGCAGGGGAGCAUCCCUGGGAGGCUCCGAGGACGGCAGUUCUUCAUCUCUGGGCCGGAAGACCCCUGGGCCCAAGGACAGGAUUGUCAUGGAAGUGACACUCAACAAAGAGCCCAGAGUUGGACUGGGCAUUGGUGCUUGCUGCCUGGCCCUAGAAAACAGUCCUCCGGGCAUCUACAUUCACAGCCUCGCCCCAGGAUCGGUGGCCAAGAUGGAGAGCAACCUCAGCCGCGGAGAUCAAAUCCUCGAAGUGAACUCCAUCAACGUGCGCCAUGCUGCUUUAAGCAAAGUCCAUGCCAUCUUGAGCAAAUGCCCCCCAGGACCCGUUCGCCUUGUCAUCGGCCGGCACCCUAAUCCAAAGGUUUCCGAGCAGGAAAUGGAUGAAGUGAUAGCACGCAGCACUUACCAGGACAGCAAAGAGGCCAGUUCCUCUCCUGCCUUAGGUACCCCUUUGAAGAGUCCCUCUCUUACAAAAAAGGACUCCCUCAUUUCUGAAUCUGAACUCUCCCAGUACUUUGCCCACGAUGUCCCAGGCCCCUUGUCAGACUUCAUGGUGGCUGGCUCUGAGGAUGAGGACCACCCAGGAAGUGGCUGCAGCACAUCAGAGGAUGGCGGCCGACCCCCCGGCCCUUCCAGUAAGCAGGGGAGCCCUCGAGGGCCCUGGGCUCUGCAUUCCACUCACAAGGAGCCAGGAAAAGCCAGGGCCAACAGUCUUGUGACUCUAGGAAGCCAGCGGGCCUCUGGGCUCUUACACAAGCAGGUGACAGUGGCCAGACAAGCCAGUCUCCCUGGAAGCCCGCAGGUCCUCCGAAACCCUCUCCUCCGUCAGAGAAGGGUGGGCUAUGACGCCAAUGAUGCCAGUGAUGAGGAAGAAUUUGAUGGAGAUGGAGACUGCAUUUCACUCCCAGGGGCCCUUCCAGUCCCCAGCAGAUCUCUCACAGAGGACAAUUCUAGGCAUAUCUUAACCUCUUCCAAGGUCAUGGAUGUCAGCAACCAAGCGGAACAACCCCGGAAAACACUGGUCAGCAAAGCCUGCUCAGCGCCUCUCCUCGGCAGCUCAGUGGACCUAGAGGAGAGGGCCCCAGAGGAUAUCCUGGGCACUUCUUCCCAUGCAGCCAACCUGCUAGACUCUGCAGAGACUCCCAAGGGAGGUGCUGGUGGCCCUUGGAAGAAGGAGCUGUCAGGAUCAAGUAGUUCACCCAAACUGGAAUACAAAAUCCAUGAGGACACCCAGAGUCCGAGUCUGAUGAGCACAGACAGCCCCGGUUCCCCCCAGCAGAAGAGUGAGGGCCUGGGGUCCAGACACCGACCAGUGGCUAGGGUCAGCCCCCACUGCAAGAGAUCCGAAGCCAGGCCCAGCAGCUCUGGGACAGUGAACCUGAGCAGCAGAGCCAGUGAACCAUGCAGUCUAGACUUGAAAGUCCAGGCCACUUCCAUCAAAGUAACCAUCCCUAGUUUUCAGCCAGGUGGAACCAUGGAGAAGGAGUCUCUGGGAAAGCUGACCAUCCCAGAUGCUCGUGUCCCAACCAACUGUGGAUCAGCCAAUGCUCUGUCCCACUCAGACGCCAGCCACCUCACAGAGAACCUGCCCAAAGUUGCACCAGAUCAGGGGCAGGGGCAAGGGCAACAACCUGUCACAGGACUGGACAGCUCCCCAGACCUCACCCCUCCCCAAGGGAAGAUGGGGGCCGCACACCCUGACCCCAGCAAGACCUCAGUAGGUGCAGAGCACGUCGGUGGCCCCCAGAACCCCGGUCAGCCUGUGGCCCCCGUGGGCUCUAAACCCAAGGGCAGAUCACUAGUCAGACUGGCCCUCGAGGGCAGCUUGUCCCCAGGGGAGAAGACAGCAGCUCCUCCUGACUGCAGCAAGAGUGGGGCUGCUCCAGCAGCCAGCUGGGCCCCCAGCACCAGGAGCGCAGCUGCUCUCGGGGCAGCAGAACCCGGGGCAGAGGGAGUGACACCAUCUAGUGCUACCCUAUCAGGAGACAGCCUCACAUCCCAGGAGAAGAGACAGGGAGCUUCUGGUAACCACAGCGAGGCUGUGAAAAUGGGAACCCAUGCACCUGAGAACCCCCAGGAGUCUGCUCUGCUGGAGGGGACAGAUUCUGUGUCCUCAAGGGCACUGCAGGCCAGCCUCUCACUGCCACAAUCUACUGACAUGACCGAAGAAGUGUGUGGCAGUGUCACAGGGCAUUGCUGCCCAGCAGGGAGUAGAGAGAGCCCUGUGACAGACAUCGACAGACUCGUCAGGGAGCUGGAUAUGUCUGAGGCAAGGGCUCCAUCUUCCCAGAAAGAAGAGCGUGGGAAUCCGGAGGGCAGUUCUCAGGGCUGCCUGCCUGCCGAGCCCCUCGAGGUCAUGGGGGGCCAGACACCCUCCCCAAGGAGGGCCCAGGCUGCAGGUCCACUCCCUCACCCUCAGUGGGCCUCCCAGCCUUCAGUUUUGGACUCAAUUAAUCCUGACAAACACUUUACUGUGAACAAAAACUUUUUGAGCAAUUACUCUAGAAAUUUCAGCAGUUUUCACGAAGACAGCACCUCCCUAUCCGGCCUGGGUGACAGUACAGAGCCAUCUCUCUCUUCCAUGUAUGGUGAUGCCGAGGACUCGUCUUCUGACCCUGAGUCGCUCACUGAAGCCCCACGCUCUUCCGCCAGAGACAGCUGGUCACCUCCUCAUUCCCGUGGCUCUUCUCACAAACAAGAUGCUAUGGAGUCUGAGGAGGAGCAAAUAGAAAUCUGUUCCACGAAUGGCUGCCCCAAUCCACACGUGAGUCCUGCUCACCCUCCCACCCAGGCUGCUCCCUGCCCUGCCUCAGCCAAGGUUCUGCCACUGAAACACAGUGCUCUGAGCGAGCUGGUAGAGAGUCCAUGCGAGAGAGCCACCUUCUUGCCCGGAACCUCAAGCACUACAGUCCCAAACUCUUCCCCACCAUUUUUACUCUCAGAUGUAAGCUCUCAGGAGCACGACACUCAUAUGGAUGUAAGCAUUUCACAGAACCACAGGCCCCAGGCCUUGUGCGCAGCAGGAAUUGUGGACAUCACCAGCGCUAGCUCAGCUGUGGAAAACACUUGGCCUUCUAACAUUGCCACGCACUUCCACAACCCCCUGCUCACUCUCAGCUCCCCUAACAUGGUAAAUGGUUUGGAACAUGACAUACUAAAUGGCAAAACCCUAAAUAAACAAGAAACUUACAAUGAUGCAACCAUCCACCCAUCCUCCUUAGGUACGAAUGUCUCCAAGAUAGGAGAAUCUGCUUUGGCAAACCUGCACAUCUCUGAAAGCCAAGACCUACAGAAGCCAAAAGUGGUCACCAGGAGGCCCAUCAUGGCCUGGUUUAAAGAAAUAAAUAAAAGUAACCAAGGUAUGCACGUGCAGAGCAAAGCUGAGAAGGAGCAGACCAUGACACCAGCCACGAGUCCUGACUGCAAAAAUCAGCUGUGGAGCUCAAGCCACAUGAAGGGGGUCCCUGUGCUGCACAGCCCUCCGCAGCCAAAAAUGAACCUGGAAAAUAAAGACCUGUCUAAGAAAAGUCCGGUGGAAACACUUCUGAGUAACUGCCAGAAACCCAAGUGCGGCCCUAAGCUGAAGAGACUUAGCAUCAAGAGCAAAGGCAGAGUCAGCUUCGAGGCCCCUGCCGCCAGCAUGGGGAGGACUACAGGGGUGGACCACAGGAAGCCCCUCACUUCACCCCAGGCCUCCCACAAGAUGCUCUUUAAGGGAGCAUCACAGCUGCUCCACUUGGCCGGCCACAAGGAAGCCCAUACAAACGCCACAGCCAGCCCCCAGUCUUCUCCCAGGGGUGUGCUGGAGAGCAAGCCAGCUCUGGCUGCCUCUGGGUCACUGAAGCCCUCAGCGUCAGACACCAGCAUCAGGACUUUCACUUCACCCCUGACCUCCUCCAAGACUCUUCCUGAACCAGGUGCCUGCGAUAGGUCCCACACGGCUGUCCACUCCGAGCCCGACAGAGGAUGCCCACCUGCCCCCAGAUGUCCCAAGUGUGAACCUGAGGGUAAGGCGCCCUGCACCAACUCAGGGCCAGUGAGCCCUGCAACUCCCAGAAGCGUGUCCACAGCAGGGAACAGGCAGAGCGAGCCUCACUCCACCAGCCACGCUAUGUCAGCAGCAUCAGAAGUGGCCCAGCCCAGGCUGCCUGGCGAAAAGGGAAGCAGCACAGUUGCUAGCGAUCCCCUAGAAAGAACAAACAAGCUGACCAUAGUAGAGAUUGCUUCUGAAAGAAUGCCAAAGAAUGCAUGUGGUAACAAGCCAGCUGAAAGUGACAGGUGGGGAGGGGCCUUGGCCCAGAACAACUGGCAGGAGAAGAGUGAAUUCAGACUCUGUCAGCAAUCAGUGGAAUCAUCCCCAAACCAUCCGUCCUCCCUCACAUCUCCUGCCUUCCAGGUGGAACCAGAAAUGCACCAACCAUUCAGCAUGGCGAAACUGGCCGCCGCCUCCUCCCCCCAGCUGCUUGCUAAAAAGGGAGAUUCCUCCCAGGGAAAAGCAAGCCAGAUGGCAGCCUCCCUAGGGGUACCCAAGAACUGCACACCCGUGGAGGAGGACCACCCAUACUUUAUACCAAGGCCAGCAACCAGGACCUACUCCAUGCCAACCCAGUUCUUAAGCCAUUUUGGACGGGAGGGUCAGUCCCCACACAACCCGGGUCGCUCUUUUCGGGAUAGCCAAAAUCCUGUGACAGGUGGUGGUCUCCCUGAGGCAAAGGCUCCCAAAGGUGGUAUUGUUGGCCUGGUUAAUGGACAGGGUGUAUGUAGUGUAAAGCCCCUGCAGGAAACAUCGAGGAUCCUUCCAGCAACAGAUGAAGGGGAUACCGUUUCAGUUCAGGAGCCGAGCUGCCUAGUCACAGACAAAAUCAAAGUCACCAGAAGACAUUACUGCUAUGAGCAGAACUGGCCUCAUGAAUCUACCUCAUUUUUCUCUGUGAAGCAGCGGAUCAAGUCUUUUGAGAAUCUGGCCCAUUCUGACAGGCCUGCAGCCAAGUCUGGGGCUUCCCCUUUCUUGUCGGUGAGCUCCAAGCCUCCUGUUGGGCGACGGUCUUCCGGCAGCAUUGCUUCACGCAGCCUCGGCAACCAUGGGGACGCAGCGGCAAGGUCACUGAGACGCAGCUUAAGUUCCUGCAGUGAAAGCCAAAGUGAAACCAGCGCCCUUCUCCCUCAGAUGACCAAGUCCCCAUCCACCGUGACACUGACCACCUCCCAACAGAAUCCACCAGAGACCAAUAGCAAGGAUCCUGGAUCCAACCAAAAGAAAUUCCUUGGUACUUCAGGAAUCCCUACCCCAACAGUAACCCCAGCCUCUCUUGCCAAGAGGAACAAGUCCUCAGUGCGCCAUGCCCAGCCCUCACCUGUGUCUCGCUCCAAGCUCCAGGAACUGAGAGCCUUGAGCAUGCCCGACCUUGACAAGCUGUGCAGUGAGGACUACUCAGCAGGGCCUGGUGCUGUGCUCUUCAAAACCGAGCUGGAGAUCAUCCCCAGGAGGUCUUCUGGCUCCCUGGCUGGAGGCCUUUUAUGUCCUGAGAAGGGUGGGAAUAAGGUCUGUGCUGCAGGAAGCAGCCCUAAAACCAGUGAGCCUGGGACACCCAGUUCAGCCAAUAAUAUGGGCAAAAAUGCCCAGGAUCUACUUUCUGGAAAAAGCUGGUCAGUUAAUUUGGAUCAACUUCUAGUCUCGGCGGGGGAACAGCAAAGAUUACAGUCUGUUUUAUCGUCAGUAGGAUCAAAAUCUACUGUCCUGACUCUCAUUCAGGAGGCAAAAGCACAAUCAGAGCAUAAAGAAGAUGUUUGCUUCAUAGUGCUGACUAGAAAAGGCGGCUCAGGUCUGGGAUUCAGUGUGGCAGGAGGGGCAGACGCAGAGCCCAAAUCAGUCAUGGUCCACAGGGUGUUUUCUCAGGGGGCGGCUUCUCAGGAAGGGACCAUGAGCCAAGGAGAUUUCCUUCUGUCAGUCAAUGGCGCCUCACUGGCUGGCUUAGCCCAGGGAGAUGUCCAGAAGGUUCUACACCAGGCACAGCUGCACAAAGAUGCCCUCGUGGUCAUCAGGAAAGGGACUGAUCAGCCCAGGCCCUCUGCCAGGCAGGAGCCUCCCACAGCCAAUGGGAAGGGCCUACUGUCCAGAAAGAUCAUCCCCCUGGAGCCCGGCAUUGGGAGAAGCAUGGCUGCACGUGAUACCCUGUGUGUUGAAGUGCGGAAGACCUCAGCUGGGCUGGGAUUGAGUCUGGACGGGGGAAAAUCAUCUAUGUCUGGAGACGGGCCUCUGCUCAUCAAAAGCGUGUACAAAGGUGGUGCAGCUGAACAAGCUGGAAUAAUAGAAGCUGGAGAUGAAAUUCUUGCUAUUAAUGGGAAACCGUUGGUUGGGCUCAUGCACUUUGAUGCCUGGAAUAUUAUGAAGUCUGUCCCAGAAGGAUCUGUGCAGUUAGUAAUUAGAAAGCAUAGGAAUUCUUCGUGAAUUUUAACAAGGCCUUUUAUCAGUUACCUUCUUACUUUAGCAAAAUAGAACAAAUUCUUUAAAUAAUGAGUUCUUAAAACUAAUAUUGGUAUAGGCAAGGACUAUGAAAAUUUCCAAGCUUAUAUUUAUACAUAUAGUCUGGCCUAUUAUAUGUGCAACAGCAAUGAAGUUGAACUCUGGAAGUCUUCCGCCUGGAUCACUCAAGGGAUUCCUUUUGUUCCAGUGCCUGUCCCCUACCAUUUAUGUUUGCCAAUGGGGAUACAAGAUGUGACAUGCCCUUUUUCAUUUGAAACCUAUACCUUCACAUCCCUCUUGCCAGCUCUCCCAGCUAGACCUAAUCCUAGUGAUUAGGGAACAAAGUCUGAGGAUACCACAAAUGUUACAGCCAAAAGGACUAUAUAGUUUUGUAUGAUUUUGUAAGUAAAUGACAGUGCUUUAAGGCACAUUCAAGGGAAGGAGGAGCUGCAGGUCUAUUAUAUGUUACCCUGAAAACAGAAUGAGACUGAAAAAUUAUGACCUACUUGUUAGGCUGAGCUCAGGAAUUAUCUGAAAAUGAAAAAGCAAAAUACAGAAAGUAAUAUUUUUUGAGUGAGUAUAAUGUAUGAAUGCAGAAUUCAGUGGGUUAUCGCUUAUCAUGACACGCUGAUCAUUUCCUAUCUGUAAAAGUCAUUGGGCUGUUUUACAGAAUAGCAAUUCUAAUAAACUGUAUUAAAUAGCCGUGAGCUUUGCUGCUUAGAAGCAGAAAGUUCCAGAUCUGAAAGCACCUUAUAUCUAGUUUUCAAACUUGUCUUGAAUAAACGCUUGAAUUCAAGACUAGUCAACACAAGAGCAGGCAAAAGUAUCAGUCACUGGGUUUCCAUUUCUAUGUUUCAUGUACUCCAACCAUUAAAUUUUUAGAAAUCAUCUUUUUAAUCAUCCUUGUAUGUAUAAACAUGACAUAUUUACAAUCCAAAUAGAGGAGCUUAAAAUAAUCCUUUUAAGGGACUUUUUGUUUGGUUAUUCUUCCCUUUCCCAACAUGUUUAAGAAAGCUAACAUUUCUGAGUAUUGGAUGUGCAGUGACUGGCGUUUUUGUGGCUCGUUUUCCUGUUUUCCAAAUUCUCACUUUUGCCAAAAAUGUCUUCCUACAGAAGAUUUGUAACUCAUGCUACUUGUGAAACUCACCCUGGCUGCUCCUUCGUUUGAAGCACGAUCAUCUUCUCUUCCUUACAGUGGCCAUUCUGUUCACUGUCAUGAAGUUAUUUUCUUAGAUAAAUCAUAAACCCUCAUCAGCUUUAUCAAAAUGUCAUGAGGAGGAAAAGAGAGAAACAGGGUGAGUGACUUGAGGUAAAGGAGCAGAACUAUGUAGUUACAACCCAACUCUCUAUGAGUUCUGGGAAUACGGGUGAGAUUGCAUCAGUCACACCUGCAUGCAUGAUUACACUAUUUUUUGUUGGAGAUAUUUCUUUAAAUAACCCACAGCUUGGGUCUGUGGCUGUGACCCCCAGAUCAUGGAGGUGCUUGAACCAUCAACCUUUGUAUGUCAUUUUCUGAGUGACCAAUCCCACUAAGCAUUGUGGGAUCAACCUAGUCCUCAGAUGAGACUGAAAUAUCUGGCUUGUCUAAGCCCCUAUUUCUUAUUUUUCAACAGGUUAUACAAAGGAGAAUGUAGUACAAGAGUUAGCUAGAAAGGUCUGCUUGAUUUAGCUUCUACUUUUCACUACAAUUACAGGUAGGAUACUUACUAUAGGAAGUCAGUGCAAGGUGCAUGCUAGUUUUUUUGUCUCUGUGGUCAGUUUCAUGGUUUAUGCUUUUUUGCCUAAAUGACAAGAGACUAUUUGAAGUCAACAACACUGAAAACCAUUGUUUGCCUCUACUCAUACAGUUAUGCCCACUUCUAUGUGGACGGAAAUUUCUAGAGCAGUGUGGAGCAACAGAAUGGUCUCCUUCUGAAAGUCCUUAAUCCUUGUAUCAGGAGUCCAAUGCUAGACCUCUGGCUUACUACACUUGUUAAAGGCAUCAGCCAUUUCCACUAGAUCUUGCCAGAAGGGUUACCUGGCUAACAGUUGAAAUUUAAAGGAAGAAGCAAAAGCUAACCUGUCUUUGACCCUGAGAUAGAAUGCUAUUUGUCUUCAGUGUUCAAGGCAUGACUAGUACUUCUAAUUAGUCUAAUAAAUUCCCACAAUUCCUGAACAGUAACGAUAUUGUCCUACUAAAACUGUCGUUAUUUUUUUCUUUUUAAACCCAGUUAUUCACAAUAAGCUAUGAGGAUAAAUAUGUGUUAUAACAUGUAAAUCAUAGUUGCAAGAAUAUACCAUGAAGAAUGAAGUAGGUUGGGUUUUAUUUCCAUCCUCCCACACACAUCACAUUGAAUUUGAUGGUUAACUCAAUUGGCACCACACCUGUUGUAUAUUAUAUAUUAUUUAUGUAAAAUAAAAUGCCUUAUAUAUUAAAGAGUAAGUGCAAUAAUAUGAAAUAGCCUGUACAUUUUAAAAAAACGUUGUCGCCAAGUUAUGUAAAUCUACAUCUCUGUAAACAACCUUUUUUAAGUAAUUUCAAAAAAAUAAAACACUCUGCUUACUACUUG